CCUCCGGAGUCCACCCCGCGAAACUAAGAUCGUCCAGUCCGCCUCCAGAUCAGAUCGUGCCGGGGGCCAGGGUCCAGACUUUCCCUCGAGACGACGUUGACCCCACUGAUUAUCGGGAGCGCGCCUAUGACCUGCAUCUGCAAACACAUUACGCAUCAUCGCCAUGUUCAUCAGCCCGUCAAGAUAAUUGAAAUACACAGCAUACUGUCAGCGUCUAGUCUGAGACUUUGUAAUCGUUCCAAAAAGACAGACACAUUGAGCGAGUUUUGAAGAAAGCAUCUGUUGCAAAAAUGACUGUGCCGGCAAACUGGAAAGAUGAGAACAGGACGAUUCAGAUCCUGACAAAAGCCGAAAAGGGCCGAUACGGUGUGAUCGCAGCCAUUGCAUAUAACCUCGAGCAGAUUCACGGGCUCGUCACCGCAGCCGAAGAAGCCCGUUCGCCUCUCAUCAUCCAAUUCUUCCCCUGGGCCGUCACUUACGCCGACGGCUUGCUCGUCCGAACCGCCAAAGAAGCAGUGUCUCGAGUAUCCGUUCCGAUUUCGAUCCACCUCGAUCACGCGCAGGACGAGAAGAUUAUCCAGUAUGCAGCCGACAACCUGCCGUUCGACAGCAUCAUGGUCGACAUGUCCCACUACGAAAAGGCGGAGAACCUAGAAAAAACGGCGAAAUGGGUCAAGUACUGCCACGAACGCAGGAUUGCCACCGAGGCUGAGCCCGGGAGGAUAGAAGGUGCCGAGGACGGCACUACGGCCGAGGAAGUUGACGAGUUCAUCGCCACGGGCGUGGACUCCCUCGCUCCGGCGUUUGGCAACGUACACGGCGAAUACGGAAAGCUGGGUCCGCAAUUGGACUUUGAACGCUUCGAGAAGAUACGCACCCAGAUUGCCGGCAGAGUCAGGGUGGCUCUGCACGGCACCAACGAAUUCCCACCAGAUUUGAUGAAGCAGUGCAUCGCUGCGGGGGCGACAAAGAUAAACGUCAGCAGGCUUGUUCUGGACGACUAUUACACCCAUCUCCGGUCCCAGGUCACGCGGCUGCCGCAUACUACGCUUAUCGAGGAGGGUACAAGCAAUGUCAUCCGGCAGACAAAGGAGUGGAUGGAGAUUUGUGGAUCAGCUGGACAGUCAUGA